CCCAUGUCUCCAGACCUCCAAAAACGAGCCCGCUCAGAGUCCACAUUCCUAGCAUCGGUGUCGCGACAACUAACAAAGCCAAAACCCCUCCCCGAUACCAUCCGCCUCACAGCUCAAGUCGCAAUCAUAACAGGCAGCAAUGUCGGGCUCGGCUUCGAAGCUUCGCGGCAGCUCUUGCAGCUCGGGCUCGCACAUUUAGUGAUGGGUGUACGCUCCGAAGCCAAAGGCGACGCCGCAGCCGCUACCUUGCGCGAAGAAUUCCCAAACGCGACGAUCUCCGUCUGGGUCGUCGAUAUGGCAUCGUACGCCUCGAUCCGGGCGUUUGUGGAGCGCUGCGCAUCGCUGCCGCGCAUCGACAUCACGAUACUGAAUGCCGGACUGACCGUGCAAAGGUUCGCCGCGGUGGCAGCUACAGGCCACGAAACGACGGUGCAGGUCAACUACCUUUCUACAGCGUUGUUGUCAAUAUUACUCCUGCCUAUCCUCAAAUCCAAGAACAAAGCCACUACUAGACCGCCGGUCCUGACUCUCGUCGGCUCCGAUAGUACAUACACGGCAAAAGUCGAUGUACAGAGUGCGGCCGUGCUGCAGCAAUUCGACAAUCCGGGGGCCUACGAGCAGUUUUCGUGGUACGCGGCUUCGAAACUGUUACUCGCAUUCUUCGCUAUCCAACUGGCCGAGUACGUCGAUCCCGAAGAAGUGCUGGUGAAUGUGGUGAACCCCGGUUUGACCAAAGGCACCGGGUUCUUCGGGGACAUGCCGUUGAUAAUCGGAUUUCUGAUGCGCUUGGCGUCGUUUCUGCUUGCGCGGUCGGCGGAAGUAGGGGCUAGUAAUUACGUGGAUGCUGUUGUUGCUCGAGGGGCGGAGAGUCACGGGCUGUUCCUCAGCGAUUGGGGGGUGAAACCGUAUCCCGAGAUGACGUAUACGGCAGAGGGCAAGGCAUUCAGUGAGCGACUGUGGGAUCAAACGAUGGAAGAGCUUCGGUUCGUGGACGCGUCGAAAAUAGUGGACGGCUUGAAGAACAGCCGCUGA